CUGUUGUUUAGGCUGGUUGAAUGAGUUCCCUAUGAGAGUCUACUUCUUCUGCAAGAAAACAGGCGGCCGCACCAGUUUCCUCAUAUGAGAGAGUCUACUUCUUCUGCAAGAAAACAGGCGGCCGCACCAGUUUCCUCAUAUGAGAGAGUCUACUUCUUCUGCAAGAAAACAGGCGGCCGCACCAGUUUCCUCAUAUGAAAUUAAAAGUAGGUUUGUGACCUAACACACUUUCAAAAUGGCUGUUGAAACUGUGGGACACAUUUCUCUGCAAGAAGUCGGAUAAAUGUGUUGAUUUGAAGGAAAGACGAGCAGACUGUUGUCAGUGGUCUAAAAUGAGUAUCUCUGGGGAGAAAGAGGAGGGGGGCCCUGCCUCCAAAAUGAGACUCUCUGGGGAACAUGACACCACAGCUAAAAGUCCAAUCAAGCAGGAGAGACCAGCCUCCCUUGUACCCAUCGGUGUGUCCAUGAAGAGUGAGCGGUCUAUGGGUACACCUAUAUUGUUCAGAGAGGCAGACUUUUCUACUGGACAAAGAAACCAACAGGAGAGAUCAGAGUCAGAGAUUCUCAGUGGUCAGUCUUCCCAGAGUCAUCAAACAGACUUAGCCUCCAUAUUCAGUUUGCUUGAAGAGAAUAUUAUCACAUUUGUAAAGAACGAGCUGAAGAUGUUCAAGAGGAUUCUUAGUCCAGAACUCCCACAAGGCUUUGAGAGUCAGAAGCAGGAAGUGGUGGACGCUGAAGAUGAGAAGCAGGAGAGCAGUGCCAGAGAGGGAGCUCUGAAGAUCACACUGCACGUCCUGAGGAAAAUGAACCAGAAGGAGCUUGCUGACACACUGGAGAAAAAUGAACUUGCUGUGAUUUGCCAACGUGAACUCAAAUCUAAUCUAGAGAAGAAGUUUCAAUGUGUAUUUGAGGGGUUCGCUAAACAAGGAAACCCAACACUUCUCAAUAAGAUCUACACAGAGCUCUACAUCACAGAGGGUGGAACAGGAGAGGUCAAUAAUGAACAUGAGCUGAGACAGAUUGAGACAACAACCAGGAAACAAGCAAGACCAGAGACUGCAAUCAAAUGUAAUGAAAUCUUCAAACCCUUAACUGGACAAAACAAACUUAUCAGAACUGUGUUGACAAAGGGAGUCGCUGGCAUUGGAAAAACAGUCUCUGUGCAGAAGUUCAUUCUGGACUGGGCUGAAGGAAAAGCAAAUCAGGAUGUCCAAUUUGUUUUUUCAUUCCCUUUUCGGGAGCUGAAUUUGAUGAAAGAGAAAAAACACACUUUGAUUGAACUUCUCAACCACUUCUCAAUGGAAACCAAACAAUCAAGAAUCUCCAACUAUGACAGGUACAAAGUUCUGUUCAUCUUUGAUGGUCUGGAUGAGUGCCGACUGCCCCUAGACUUCCAGAACAACAAGAUCUGUUGUGACGUCACCAAGUCAACCUCAGUGGAUGUUCUGCUGACAAAUCUCAUCAAGGGAAACCUGCUUCCCUCUGCUCUCAUCUGGAUAACUACCCGACCUGCAGCAGCCAAUCAGAUCCCCCCUGAGUGUGUUGACCAGGUGACAGAGAUACGAGGGUUCAAUGACCCACAGAAGGAGGAGUACUUCAGGAAGAGAUUCAGUGAUGAGGACCUGGCCAGCAGAAUCAUCUCACACAUAAAGACAUCAAGGAGCCUCCACAUCAUGUGCCACAUUCCAGUCUUCUGUUGGAUUUCUGCAACAGUCCUUGAACACAUGCUGAAACAUAAGAGAGAAGAGAUGCCCAGUACUCUGACUGAGAUGUACACACACCUUGUGGUGUUUCAUACCAUAAAGAAGAAUGAAAAGUAUCUUGAGAAAGAAGAGACAGGUCCACACUGGAAUAAAGAGAGAAUUCUGUCACUGGGAAAACUGGCUUUUCAACAGCUUGUGAAGGGCAAUCUGAUUUUCUAUGAAGAAGACCUGAAAGAGGCUGGCAUUGAUGUCAAUGAAGCCUCAGUGUACUCAGGAUUGUGCACACAGAUCUUUAAAGAGGAAUGUGGGCUGUACCAGGACAAGGUGUACUGCUUCGUGCAUCUGAGCAUUCAGGAGUUUCUGGCUGCUGUAUAUGUGUUCCUCUCAUUCAGCAACAACAAUGAGAAUCUAAUGGCCGAACCUCAAUCAACAUCCAGGAACUUUUAUGUGAGGAUCAGACAGAAAAUUAAAGUCACAGUCUACAAGAGUGCUGUGGAUGAAGCCUUACAAAGUGAGACUGGAAACCUGGACCUUUUCCUCCGCUUCCUUCUGGGCCUCUCACUGGAGUCCAAUCAGAAGCACUUACGAGGUCUACUGACAAAGACAAGAAGCAGCUCACAGAGCCAUGAAAAAACAGUCAAGUACAUCAAGGAGAAGAUCAGGGAGAAUCCCUCUCCAGAGAGGAGUAUCAAUCUGUUCCACUGUCUGAAUGAACUGAAUGACCAUUCUCUAGUGGAGGAGAUCCAAAACUACCUGAGCUCAGGAAGUGUCUCAGAAGCAAAACUCUCACCUUCACAGUGGUCAGCUCUGGUCUUUGUGUUGCUGUCUUCAGAAAAGGAGCUGGAUGUGUUUGACCUGAAGAAAUACUCCAGAUCAGAGGAAGGUCUUCUGAGGCUGCUGCCAGUGGUCAACGCCUCCAGAGCUGCUCUGCUGUCAGGCUGUGGAGUCACGGACAAAGGCUGUGCUUCUCUGGCCUCUGCUCUGAAGUCAAACCCCUCACACCUGAGAGAAAGUCUCGAGGAGGAAGGCUGUGCUUCUCUGGUCUCAGCUCUGAGGUCAAACCCCUCACAUCUGAGAGAGCUGGACCUGAGCUACAAUCACCCAGGAGACUCGGGAGUCAGACUGCUCUCUGCUGGACUGGAGGAUCCACACUGCAGACUGGAGAAACUCAAUGUGGAACAUGGUGGAGAGAACAGAAUGAAACCUGGCCUUAGAAAAUAUGCCUGUGAUCUCACACUGGACCCAAACACAGUAAACAGACUCCUCUCUCUGUCUGAGGAGAACAGAAAGGUGACAUGUAGGAGACAGGAGCGGCGGUAUCCUGUUCACCCAGAUAGAUUUGAGGACUGUGAACAGGUGCUGUGUAGCGAGGGUCUGACUGGGCGCUGUUACUGGGAGGUAGAGAGGAGUGGGGGAGGGGCUGUUAUGGGAGUGACAUAUAAAGGAAUCAAAAGGAGAGGAGGGGGCAUUGACUGUGGGAUUGGAUACAAUGACAAGUCCUGGAGUCUGGUCUGCUCUGAUAACAGUUACAAGGCCUGUCACAAUAAUAAUCACACUACCAUAGACAUCCCGUCCUCCAGCUCCCACAGAGUAGGAGUGUAUCUGGACUGGCCAGCCGGCACUCUGUCCUUCUACAGAGUCUCCUCUGACACACUGACCCACCUGUACACAUUCCACACCACAUUCACCGAGCCGCUCUAUCCAGGGUUUAGGGUUUAUGAUGUUACCUCCUCAGUGUCCCUUUGUCAAGUGGUCUCAUUGUCAAACACAACAUGAUGUUUCACUCUAAUCAUGUGUUUUAUGUUUGAUCACAAUAUGACAUUUAAAUACAUGGAGGAACACACACACCAGUUUGGCUAAAUCUUGCGCCCUGUGAGAACACACACACUGUACACACACACUGGACUC